AUUCUUUAUAUAAUUAUUAUAGUUUCUAUAAAUAUCUGGUAUUAUCUUUUUAAUAUUUGCAUUCCCUUUGAAAACUUCAUGUUAUAGAUGAAGAUGAUAUCUACAACUUUACUGUUAACUGCUACGUAACUUAUGUGUCAAAUAAUCUAUGAAUACUUCAAAAUGGAAACAGAUCAUGGAAAACUUAAAUGUAUUGAUAAAAAUUCCAAAAUGAAGUGUCCAUCACCACAUACAAAGAAGAAUGUGAAUGCCCGGAAGAUAACUUAUUGCAAACGACCAGGAUUGAUUUAUAAGAAUCUUAUAAAAAAUCAAAAUGCAAUACAAACUAGUCAAUAUUUUGAAUUGACAUGUGGUGAUCAUCAAUGGAUCCCACCUAGAUCUCCAUAUGCUCUUAUACAGGAAGACUUGUUUCACAAUCCUUGGCAACUGUUGAUUGCUACUAUAUUUUUAACAAAAGUAACGGCUAAACUCGCAAUUCCAAAAAUUCAUGAAUUUUUACUGAAAUGGCCCACGCCAGAAGAUGUGAUUAAAGCAAAUCCCCAAGAUUAACUUUUUUCGGUGAAAAAUUUAGGACUAGAAAAUACUCGUGUUAAAACAAUAAAACAAUUUACAGCGGAUUUCUUGUCAAAAAAUUGGAAGUAUCCAAUAGAGUUGUAUGGAAUUGGCAAGUACGGUAAUGAUUCUUAUAGACUCUUUUGUGUGAAUGAAUGGCGAAUAGUACAACCAGAUGAUAUACUGUUAUCAAAAUAUAAAGACUGGCUAACUUUAAAUGAAAAACAACUUGGAAUUUAAGAUUCUUAUUAUUUUACAGUUUAAUUUUACUACUCUUACAGUCUAUAUUGAAAUAUAAAUAUUUUGUUAGUCACCAAAUACUUCUUAUACAUAUAGUUAUUAUAUUUUAUACAUAUUUUGUACUAUAUUUUGAUUUUAUUUAUAUAUUGUAAAUUUGAUCUCUUCAUAAUUUGGUACUAUGUCAAUAUUUAUUUUAAUCUUUAUAAAAGAAUUGAUGUGGGUGUGUGGGUCAUUGUUUCUUACAUAUUAUGUAGUCUUACAAUUACAAGACAUAAUAUUGCUCUUUACAUCAAAAAAAAUUAUAUGUUGUGAGUUGUUAGUUUAUGUUAUAAAGAAUAAAAAUAUGAUUGUGAUAAAAAA